AUGGAUGGUCCAGGGCGAGUCCUCGUCGAGGACCCGAGUGUGGAAUUGAUUGAAUUCGGACAUUCAGGAAGAAGAGAAGGAGGAGAAGGCCAGGAGACAGUACCGCCCGCUCACGCCUACCCGGAGCCGGACCGCGGCAAGCACGCGUGGCUUUUCCUCUGGGCCGGCUGCUUCCUGAUGAUCGCGCUGACGUGGGGGUUCCCCUUCUCCUACGGCGUCUUCCAGAGCUACUUCUCCACGCACCCGCCCUUCUCCGACCACCCCGGAGGUCUACCCGCCGUUGGUACCACGGCGCUGGGAAUUCUAUACUUGUCGUCGCCCCCGUCCUUCAUCAUCCUGCAGCGAUACCAAGCCUACAGACGAUCGGCCCUGGUCGCCGGUUCGGCCGUCACCUGCCUCGCCGUCCUCGCGAGCGCGUUCGCCACCGAGGUCUGGCACCUGCUUCUCACGCAGGGCGUGCUGUACGGCCUCGGGGCCAGCGUCGUGAACACGGUGACGAUCCAGUUCCUCAACGAGUGGUUCGUCGAGCGCAAGGGCCUCGCCUUCGGCAUCCAGGAGAGCGGCGCGGGCAUGGGCGGGAUAGUCGUUCCCGUUCUCAUGACUUGGGGUCUUGAAAAGUACGGCCACCGCACUAUGCUGAUAGCGUGGUUCGUCGCCGUCACCACCCUCUCUAUCCCCUCGAUUUACUUCCUCCGGCCGCGCGUCAAGCCGUCGCGCGCCGCCCCGUCGUCCGGGUUCGGGACCUUGGGCUUUAUCGUCACGCCGAUCUUCGCCGUCCUCCAAGCCGGGAACAUCUUCCAGGCCCUCGGCAACUUCUUGCCCGGUAUCCAUCUGCCGUCAUUCGCCCAGAAAUUCGGCGCCUCGCCGCUGGAUGCGGCCGGGAUGCUCUCGCUGUACAACGCCGCGACGGUUAUCGGCGCCAUAUUCACGGGCUACCUAGUUGACCGCUACCACGUCUCGGUAUCGCUGCUUCUCCUAUCUCUCGGCGCCGCGAUUACCGUGUUCGUCGCCUGGGGAUUCGCGGCUAACUUCGCGGCCCUGUGCGCCUUUGCGUUUUUCUACGGGGUCUUCGCCGGUGGCUGGAGCUCGACGUGGGUCGGCGUAGGCCUCGAGAUACAGAAGCGGGCUCCCCGUGCCGACCUGGGCGUGCUGUGGGGGUUUGCUGCGGCGGCGAGGGGUAUCGGCAGCAUUGUGAGCGGGCCGAUAAGCGAGGUGCUGAUUGCUAAUGGAGAAGGUAAAACACCUUGGGGGCCACGGAGCUACGGGUCGAGCUAUGGCAUAUUGAUUCUAUUCAAUGGUGUCAUGCUGACACUGGGUGGCGUUGGUUGCGCAGCUCGGGCGUACGAGCUCUUUAAGAAAAUGGGCCAUCGACACAACGAAUAG